UGAUUGUCAAAGUCAUUAUUGCGUGUAACAUUUUGAUUGCAAGGAGGUGAAAAUACAAAUUUUUCCUAUAAAUUAACAGAAAAUGAUGAAACUGCAAUAUUGGUUGUGUUUUUAUUUUGUUGUGCCUACUUUAAGUCAUGAGAAAGGUUUUGAUGAUACGGUUCUUUUCCUUUUAAACUGGCCGGGUGAAUCUUUUGAACCAGAUCCAAGUCUUAAACAUAUCGUUGUAAGCACUUCCCACGAAGAAAAAUAUAAGUGUUAUUUACCUAAUGUGCAAGAGCCGGAAGUCUCCUCAGUUGAUAAAUAUGAAGGUCCAUCGCCUUUAGAGUUAGUAGCCCCGUUAUUUUCACAAAACACAUGUUUGUAUCGAUUGGAAUCUUAUUGGACUUACGAGUUGUGUCAUGGAAAUUUUAUACGACAAUAUCACGAGGAUAGGGAAGGAAAAAAAGUUAAACUGCAAGAAUAUGUUUUGGGAAAAUGGGAUAAAAAUCAUUAUCAAAUAUUAUUAGAUCGCUGGAACGAUUUAUCGGAUGAAGAAAAAAAUAUUUCACCUCCAACUAAAAAAGUGGAUGGAAUCAAUUUACCUUACUAUGCUGUUAACAUGGAAAAUGGUACAUUAUGCGAAUUAAAUAAUAAUAAACCAAGAGAAACUAAAGUGAUGUACGUUUGUUAUGUUCAUGGAAAACAUGAAAUUUAUUCAUUAAAAGAAACUUCAACAUGUCAAUAUGAAAUAGUCGUUUUAAGUCCACUUUUAUGCUUGCAUCCAAAAUAUAAACCACAAGAAACUGAAGAAAAUCAAAUCAAUUGUGUACCAUUGGAUGGAAGUCCAAAAAAACCAUAUAACUUAAUUAAAAUGAAACAUGAAAGUAAUAAAUUAAGAAGAAAAGCUGAUGUAGAACCGAUUAGAGUUGAAAUUUAUCCAUUAGAUCUAAAAGAUAAGGAGGAAACUGUUAAAGAAACCACCCCAAUUGAUACAUCACCUGUAGAAAAUUUUUUAUCAGGGAAAAAUUGUUUGCACGGCGGAACCGGUUGGUGGAAAUAUGAAUUUUGUUAUGGAAAAUCUGUUGAACAGUAUCAUAUGGAGAGGGAUAAAACAAAAACUUCAAUCAGUUUAGGAUUUUUUGAUAAAAAGAAGCAUAUAGAGUGGAUCAAUGCCCAUCCCAAUAAAAAACCUAAGCCUGUAGCGGUUCGUACACAACUCUCUCACUUUUAUUCCGGCGGAAAUGUUUGUGAUAAAACCGGAAAACCAAGACAAACAGAAGUUCGAUUAAAAUGUUUAGAGAAUGCAUCUAGUUCAAACGCCGUUUCUUUAUAUUUAUUAGAACCUAAAUACUGUGAGUACAUUUUAGGUGUUGAAUCACCGUUAAUUUGCGAUAUUUUGGCGAAUGCUAACGAGUACGGUUUGGUAGAGAACAUUAAAAACGACGAUGACGAUGAUAUUCCUACAAUUAAUUUUAAAGUUUAAAAUUUGUAUAAUUUUGUUUUGUAAUAAUUUAAAUAAAAAGAUUUAAAGUUAA